AGCCGCCGAUUCCCGAGUCCAACCGCGUCUGCUGUAUUGGGUUGGUUUGACCAACGAUUCCAGAGUCUCUCCUAUAGAAGGACGGGAAGAGAAAUUCAUCUAUCUGUUCAUCAUUUCAAAAGUCAAAACAGUACCAAAAGCCAAACCAACCGCUCACCCCCCUCUCACGAUAACUACAACAGCGACGAAAACAACCGAAUACCCUCUCUCUGUCUCUGCGUGUCUGAAAUCUCGAGGCUUUUUUUAUUCUAAUUCACUCUCUUUUCUGGGUUGUCGGGUUCUUCCUUUUAAAUCUUAGAUUAUCAACAAAAAAACAGAGCAGGAAACAGUCUUGGCUGUGAUGAGUACGAAUACUGCAUCGUCGAGCUCGGCGGCCGCUGGAUCGGCGGAUGCUUCAGCUCCCAGGAGGAAUUCCAAGCGACCCAAGUAUUCUAGGUUUACUCAGCAGGAACUUCCAGCAUGCAAGCCAAUUCUUACACCAAAAUGGGUGAUUUCAGCAUUCCUUCUUGUUAGUGUUGUCUUCAUUCCGAUUGGAGUUGCUUCCUUGUUUGCUUCCCGGGAUGUUGUUGAAAUUGUUGAUCGGUAUGAAACUGACUGCAUACCAGUGGCCAAUAGAACCGAUAAGGUCAAAUACAUACAAAGCUCUGGAAAUAAUAUUUGCAACCGAACUCUAACAGUACCGAAGCGAAUGAAGCAUCCUAUAUAUGUGUACUAUCAACUUGACAAUUUCUAUCAGAAUCAUCGCAGGUAUGUAAAAAGCCGAAGUGAUGCACAGUUGAAAUCAAAUUCAAGUGCUGGCGAUGUGAGCUCUUGUAAGCCUGAAGAUAUGGCGAAUGGGCAACCAAUUGUUCCUUGUGGUCUUAUUGCUUGGAGUUUGUUUAAUGACACAUAUAACUUUUCACGCAACAACCAGGGAUUGACUGUGAACAAGAAGGGUAUCUCUUGGAAGAGUGAUAGGGAGAACAAGUUUGGCAAAGAUGUCUAUCCUACCAACUUUCAGAAAGGAACUCUUCAAGGUGGUGCCAUCCUUAAUUCCAGUAUACCAUUGAGUGAGCAGGAGGACCUCAUUGUCUGGAUGCGAACCGCAGCUCUGCCAACCUUCAGAAAGUUGUAUGGGAAGAUAGAGGUGGAUCUCCAGGCAAAUGAUAUCAUACAAGUGGUAUUGGAGAAUAAUUACAAUACAUACAGCUUUAAUGGCAAGAAGAAGCUUGUGCUUUCUACAACUAGCUGGCUUGGUGGAAAGAAUGACUUUCUUGGCAUUGCUUAUCUCACUGUUGGCGGGCUGUGCUUUGUCUUGGCUCUGACUUUCACUGUAGUGUAUCUUGUUAAGCCAAGGAGACUUGGUGAUCCUUCAUACCUGUCAUGGAACAGAAAUCCGGGAGGGCGGUAGAAAGUUUCUGGACCGCUGUUGAUGCCUUGUCUCGCGCAUUUCGCGGUGGACAAUGUUUUAUGAUGUAAUAUUAUGUGCACUUUACACUUGCGUGAACAGCACUGAGAUUGUUGAUAAAUUUUCUGGAUAUAUAUGCAACAAGCUCUUUAUUUUAAGAUACUGUCAAUGUUUUCGAAUUUAAACCA